CCUGGACAGGACCGACAGAGACUCUCGGUACACCAAACCUCGGCGAGACGUCACGAUGGGACAGUGAUGACACGUCGCCAACUGAACACACAACAGGAAAUGUCCUUAAAAGAAGUGAAGAGACGAGCAUUCACAGGCUGAAGACUGAAGACUGACCGACACACAGGUUGUGGCUUCAACUUUUAAAAGAGCCAUGUUCCCUGCACUGCUCGUCUUCUUCCUGCUGGCUGCAGAAUCCAUAGGUACUCUAGCGGAAGACAGCACCGGUCUGAACUUUAUCGUUGCUUUUCCGGAGAACAUUGCCAACUAUUAUCCUGGAGAUCCCCAAAACAAAGUCCGAAUCACGGCCAUGAAUGACAACACUCAGGUAACCCUGCAAUGGUUUAACAACGCUCCCGGCGGUCCAGACACACUGAACAAAGGACAGACUCGGGAGUACCCAGUUGAUGUAAAGAUGGAGCUUCGGAAGACAGGGUUCUCCAACAAAACUCUCAAAAUUACCAGCACAAAAAACAUCACCGUCCAGGCCAUCAACUGUAAAAAAACCAGCACGCAGACAGCUCUGGUUAUGCCAACGGACCAACUGGGCACGAAGUACUUCAUUCCUCCGAUCCCCAACAUCCAAGGAACGACUGUCCCUUCGGACAUCGUCACGACAGAUGUAACGGAAAGAGCUCCGUUCAAACUCGUUAUUGUCAAUACGGACAAAGUAAACCAUGUAACCGUCGGAAAUAACCAAACCAUUGCCCUUCACCCCUACGAGCUCAGUCAGGUCUGGGUACGAGACAACGCAUCGCGAACUGUGCAAGCCGACAAUGCGGUUGCAGUUCUCUUCGGUCACACUUGCGCCAUGAAGGACAACUGUACCUGCGGGCAGCUGUACGCCACGCUGCCGCCCGCCAACAACGAGAUGUUGAAGUUCUACAUUCCUCCCAUUCUGGCCCAGAACGCUUCAGAUAAAGCAUUCGUACUUCUGUCGGAGAGAGGAUCCAUCACCAGAGUACUGGCCUUCAACAAGGACUUGCAGCUGGUCGAGGCGGCCGGCACGGCCAUCUUUUACCGUCCAGGCUUACUCCUCACUCUGAUCCCAGAGACGGACUUCGGUAGCUGUUAUGUCGUCAACACCGUACCUGAUAUGCAGACCUUCGCCCUGAUCGUGGUCAACAAGAGUCUCACCGAUGGGGUUCAUAACGGGACGCUUCCUUUGCAGAAUCCACGUUGGCAGGAGCUGAAAGGGACAGAGUACGUCUCGACACUUGUUGCUGUGGGGAAUCAGAGCGUAAUCUGGCACGCUUCCUCUAAAAUGGCUGUCUACUUUUUGGGAAAGAAGGACAAUGCUUGGUUUGGGAACCCAGCGCCCGUCAUCAGUAAAACCCCAGAUUUCAGGGGUUGCGUCUUGGCUCCAGAGGUCGUGAAAAUCGCCGACGUGGCGGUCGGCUGGCGAGAAUCCCUGAAGUACUGCAACGACAAGGGCCUGAACCUGAUCAGCUUCCCCAAGGCCCAACUCCAGAGUCACAUCUACGGAAAAAUCCUCCAGCUCAAUAAUCACACGGUGCAGGAAGUGUGGAUCGGCAUGCGCCGGAGCUCCCGGACUGGCGAGUGGUACUGGCUGAAUCAGGAACCGGUCAGCGCCACCAACUGGGAUGAGGGGGAGCCCGGCACGAUAUUUGAUGGCAUGUGUGUUCUCAUGAGUCUGGAAACGGGCAAGGACUUUGUCUGGAGUGGCAAGGACUGCUGUAUGGCAGCUUAUUCCAUCUGCUACAAAGAACCCGUCUUGUUUUGGGGUUGAGACCGAGACAAGAGCGAGACUUUGAGGGUUUGAGACCAAGACAAGACCGAGACUUUGAGGGUUUGAG